AUACCUGUAUUCCCCAAGCAUCAAUGUGUCCGGCCUCUUGCACCUGCAACAACAACAUUGUGGACUGUCGCCGCAAGGGCCUGACGGAGAUCCCUGCCAACCUACCAGAGGGCAUCGUAGAGAUUCGUCUGGAACAGAACCUGAUCAAGAACAUCCCUGCUGGAGCCUUCUCUCCAUAUAAGAAACUCAAAAGGAUUGACCUGAGCAAGAAUCAAGUCUCUGACAUUGCUGCUGACGUCUUCACUGGUUUACGCUCCCUGACUUCACUGGUCCUGUACGGGAACAAGAUAGCUGACAUUCCUAAGAGGUUGUUUGAUGGGCUUGUCUCUCUGCAGCUGCUUCUACUGAACGCUAACAAGAUCAACUGUCUGAGGGUGAACACCUUCCAGGACCUGCAGAACCUCAGCCUGCUGUCUCUGUAUGACAAUAAGCUGCAGACCAUCAGCAAGGGCCUGUUUGCCCCACUCCGCUCCAUCAAAACCCUCCACCUUGCUCAGAACCCCUUCAUGUGUGACUGCCAUCUGAAGUGGCUUGCUGACUACCUGUUUGACAACCCCAUUGAGACCAGUGGAGCUCGCUGUAGCCACCCACGUCGACUGGCCAACAAACGCAUCAGCCAGGUCAAGGGCAAGAAGUUCCGCUGCACAGGUACAGAGGACUACCGUAGCAGACUGAGUGGAGAGUGUUUCCAGGACCUGGUGUGUCCAGAGAAGUGUCGCUGUGAGGGCACCGUGGUGGACUGCUCCAACCUCAAACUGACCAAACUGCCUCCACACCUCCCCGAGCACACCACAGACCUGUAGGAGCACACACACACCACAGACCUGUAGG